AUGUCGAAAUGGGAACUGACGCGGAAAACCAACGGCUCGGCCUCUCCCGAAGAAACCAACGGUAACGGCACACUAGUGGCUGAAAUUAAACCUACUGAAAGCAAGCGUACUCGCUAUCUCGUCUACUGA